AUGGACAUGGACGUGGACACCACGCUCCGCCUCUCCAACACGCCCCCAGACCGCCGCCGCCGCCCCCGUCGCCGGAAGACCUGCCCCAAUCUGUCCCGGUUCGCCCGCGAAGUCGACAGCUCCACCUUUCUCACGCUGGGGCCCGCCACCCAAGAAGAAGUCCUCUGCCCGACUCCCCUCCGCGCUAUCUACCCAGACCACGGCGUUCAAAUCAUCCACGCGCCGCCGCCGUCGCCGGCCUCCCAAGACUCCGGCGAGCAGAAACCGCCGGCCAAGAGGAAGUCUGAAGACCGCCCGGGUCCCAGCGGGUCAAAAUACGAAUCGGGUCGGAAAAAGAGCAAAUCAGGGCCCAAUGGGGAUGGGCCGCACGCGCCGUGCGUCCCGCCGGAGGUUUUGCAGAAAACCGGGCCGGGCCUUGUUUUCUUGUUCAAGAAGAAGAUGGAGAAUUCGGACGUGAGGGAGAAUAUGAACCGGCUGUUUGUGACGGCCAAAGGGACAGCGAAGAUGAAAGAGGAAUUCAUGACGGAGGAAGAAAAGCGGGCCAUCUGGCCGGAUGAGGAAGGGCCCGCCGGGAUUGAGUUCACCGGACUGGAUAAGGCGGGAAAAGAGUACAAACUGGGGAUAACGCUUUGGAGAAGCUUGAGGAUGACGGCCAUAAAGACUGAAUGGUUUAAGAUGGUUGUGGCUAACGAGGCAAAGAGCGGUGAUUGGGUUGACGUGUGGGGCUGCCGGAGACAGGGGCAAGAGGGUUUCCGGCUGGUCUUCAUUUUCAGCGCCGGUGGUGGGAGAGAUUUGAUUGUCUGA